UCGUUCGCGUCAUAACCGCUGCCAGAUUUAGCCUCGACCUCAUUUCGUACACUAUCCUCCGGGCGACAUGAGCGAUGAGAUGAUGGACUGCGAUGACUUUGAGAAGACGGUCAAGGUCAUCGUGCUCGGCAACGGCAAUGUGGGCAAGACAAGCUUGACGACGCAGUACGCCAAAGGUCGCUUCACGAGCUCGUACAAGAAGACGAUUGGCGUCGACUUUAUGGAGCGCACGGUCAACGUCGACGGCGACGACGUCCAGCUCAUGAUCUGGGACACGGCCGGCCAAGAAGAGUUUGACGCGCUCACGUCGCGCUACUACAAGGGCGCGGGCGCCGCCGUGUACGUCUUCUCGACGACCGACCGCGCGUCGUUUGAAGCACUGCCGUCCUGGCAGCAAAAGGUGUUUGACGAGUGCGGCCGGUCGCUCACCCAAGUGCUUGUCCAAAACAAAAUCGACCUUAUCGACGACGCCGCCAUGACCACAGACGAAGUCGAUGCCAUGAAGGACCGACUCCGCGUUCGCCUCUUCAAGACGUGCGUCCAAGCAAAUCUCAAUGUCGAAACCAUCUUUGAACACAUUGUGCGGCGGUACCUCCGGAAAGGCCAGGACCAUGUCGCGCCUGUCGCUGACAUUGCGACGCUCACGUCCGAGGUCCAGCAGUCGUCCAAGAAGAGCAUCGCGCUCCAAGAGGCCAAGACAAAGGAGACCAAUAACGCCAAAGCCCGACACCAAAUGAAGCCGACGACGACGAUGAAGAAGAAAUCGAGCGAGAAGCUGCGCAUGGAAGAGGCCGAGUUUGACGACAUUACGACAGCCGACCGCGCCGCGUCCGAGGAUAAUGACGACGAGACGCCACAUGCACCGGUGAAGGCGGUCGUGAGCGACACGAACGACCCGCCACGACCACUCGCGCCGUCCAAGCAGCGAACCAACGGUAAGAAGACGCGUGCCGGCUGCGUCGUGUCGUGAUACACAAUGUACUAACCGUAACAAGCAUGAAGUACCCAACUUUUAUCGACAA